CGGCCGUGGGUUCGUUCUGAGAUUAUACGGUCAUAACUUGAUAUCUGGAUAAUACCAGCGAAAGGAUCAUGCCUUCCCCCUUUUCUUUUGGCAAAGCAAACUGACCACAUUUGAAGUCAACUUGACUUGAUCCCAAGCCCACAAUGUCUCCUCCCGCUGCUAUCUUCGAGUCUGCCUCUGCUGCCCCCACCGGCAUCAAGGGUAAGGUGACUGUCCCCGAGACUGUCUCCACCACCUUGACCGGUCAGGGCGAGAGCAAGCUCCUUGAACAGUUCGGUGGCAAGUGGGAUGAGUUCAAGUUCGCCCCUAUCCGCGAGAGCCAGGUCUCCCGUGCCAUGACUCGCCGCUACUUCCAGGACCUUGACAACUACGCCGAGAGCGAUAUUGUCAUCGUCGGUGCUGGUUCCUGCGGUCUGAGCACUGCGUAUGUGCUGGCCAAGGCUCGCCCUGACCUGAAGAUUGCCAUUCUGGAGGCUUCCGUGUCUCCUGGUGGUGGUGCCUGGCUCGGAGGCCAGCUCUUCUCCGCCAUGGUUCUGCGCCGCCCCGCAGACGCCUUCCUGAACGAGCUCGGCGUCCCCUACGAGGAAGAGCCCAACAACCCCAACUUCAUUGUUGUCAAGCACGCCGCCCUCUUCACCUCGACCCUGCUGUCUCGCGUCCUGGCCUUCCCCAACGUCAAGCUCUUCAACGCCACCUGCGUUGAGGACCUGAUCACCCGCCGCGAAGGUGACAGCGUCCGCCUUGCCGGAGUCGUCGUUAACUGGACCCUGGUGACCCUGCACCACGACGACCACUCCUGCAUGGACCCCAACACCAUCAACGCCCCGGUCAUCGUCUCGACCACCGGCCACGACGGUCCCUUCGGUGCGUUCUGCGCUAAGCGUCUCGUCUCCAUGAACACCAUCGAGAAGCUCGGUGGUAUGCGUGGCCUUGACAUGAACGCUGCUGAGGAUGCUAUCGUUAAGAACACCCGUGAGGUCACCAAGGGUCUUAUUAUCGGUGGUAUGGAGCUUUCUGAGAUUGAUGGCUUUAACCGUAUGGGCCCUACUUUCGGUGCUAUGGUUAUGUCCGGUGUUAAGGCUGCCGAGGAGGCUCUGGCGGUCUUUGAUGAGCGCAAGCGCGAGUGUGCCGAGUAA